GGCCAAAAUCCACCCAGACUAUUUGCUGGCGGCUUUUUUCAACCCGAACUUUGAUUCCCUGCAUAAAUCAACCCCGACUACAUAUAAAUUCAAAUUCCAAACCCAGACUAUAUAAUUUUUUGCCGAUUUCAACAUCUGCUUUGACGGCGUGAUGAAACCGUUAAACUGUGCCGAGUCAGCGACUACGUGGCAUCACUCGUGGCCUCUGGGCUUGAUAAAGCGACGUCGUUUAACAUUUGGUUUGGUGUUUCAAUAACAAAACGACGCCGUUUUAAAAUUGGGGGAAAAAAUUAAAAUUGGUUCUUAGAAACAUUAGUGAAACGGAGAGAGUGUGAGUGAGUUUGAAGAGAAACAUCUCAAUUCAAAACGAAACUGUGUCUAAUAAUCGAAGAAGCGAAUUCUUGUUUGACGAAAACGACUUCCAAGCUACAAUUUUGGGUCUUUGAGAAGAGAGGAUGAGUACUAUGGAUGUGGCAACAUUCAGUGUGUACUACGGUGGGAAUUGGGUGACUAGUGAAGAUGAGGAGGAUGCUUAUAUCGGUGGAGAGGUGAAGAUAGUAGAGUGUAAACCGGAGGAAUUUUAUACAAAAUUAGGGUCUGAACUGGGUGAAGCAUUUUAUGGGAAGAAAGUGUCCUAUAAUUACCCUUAUGAAGACAGCAAGGAGCGAAAGCUAUUGUGUGAGAGGGAUUCUAGUUUGAAGAAGAUGUGUGAUGGGGCUCGAUGGGUGAAGUUUGUUAAUGUUUAUCUAGUUGAUUCUGAAGGAGAUGAGGAGAUUGGUGCUGAACCUUGUGAGGAAGAGCUGAGAGUAGAAAGAAAUGUGGCUAACUUUAUUGAUGAGGAUGAUGAUGAACAGUUUGAUUAUCAUAAUACUCCUCCAAAUUCUGACGAUGAAGGUAGAGAGGAAGAUGAAGUAAAGUAUGUGAGAUGUAAAAGAGGAAGUGGUGUAUUUAAGAUGAACCAAGUGUUUGACAGCUUAGAUGAGUUCAAAGAAGCUUUAGUUGAUUAUGCAUUAAAGGGAGGAUGGAACAUCAAGCAAAACAGAUGGGGGAAAGACAAGUGUGAAGCUAUUUGUGGAGUAGAAGACAGUGAAACUCCUUGUAAGUGGAGGAUAUAUUGCGCAUUUGAGGAGCCAGUUGGGAAGUUCAUGGUGAAGACAUUUGAACAUGAACACUCUUGCACAAAGGAUGGAUAUUGCAAGAUAUUGAAGUCAAGAGUGAUUGCAAAGUUGUUUCUAGAUGACAUAAGGUCUGAUCCUGACUUUAAACCGAGGACAAUUGAAGAGAAUAUUCUGAAAAACUGGAAUCUCGUUGCCACAAUAGACAAGUGUCGAAAAGGGAAGAAGAUAGCAUUGGAAAUCAUUCAAAAAGAGCAUGAAGAGCAGUUUUAUAGGCUUAGAGACUACAAAGCUGAGCUGCUACGGUAAGUAUCUCUUGUCUUCUAGUUUAAUCAUUCAAUGUUAGUUUUUUUUCACUAAACUGUUUUUAUUUUCUUUGCUAGUUCUAACCCUGAAUCCACCGUGGAGUUAAACACAGUUUUAGACGAUGAUGGAUCUGAAAUCUUCCAUAGAUUUUAUGUGUGUUUUGCAAAUCUCAGAAAACAAUGGUGUACAUGGUGUCGUCCCAUCUUUGGACUUGAUGGCUGUUUCCUCAAAAGCACUCUUAAAGGACAGUUACUAGCAGCAGUUGGUAGAGAUGCAAACAAUGGAAUGUAUCCCUUU